GACCUUAUCCCUUUGGUUCUCUCGCAGCGAAAUAGCAAUGGCGUCACUGGUGGUAGCUGCAGCAGCUCCUCCCUUGUUCUCUCAAUUCCAGAAGCCCCCUUCUCGUCUUUCAUUCUCUCAGUCUGAAACCCUAACUUCCUCUCUCCUCUCCCGAAUUCCUUCCCUCUCUGCCUCUCCCGUUUCUUCUCCUUCACCCGUUCCUUCUGUGUAUUGUGGUAGAGGCGACAGGAAAACCGCAAAGGGCAAGCGCUUCAAUCACUCAUACGGAAAUGCAAGGCCCAGGGACAAGAAGAAAGGUAGAGGGCCACCAAGACUUUAUGCUCCUCCAGCUCCUUCCAAGAAAGAUAAGUUUGAAGAUAAUGAAGUUGUCAAGAUUGAGAUCGACGAGUCUCUCUUUUCUGGAUGAUUUUACUGCAUCCUGUAAUUCUGCUUCUCAUUAUUUGUUAGUUGAUGAUACUGUCAAAGUAUGUAUGAAUUCCACUAUGUUGUACACAAUUUAAUUUUUUACGUACUAGUCCCCCCCCCCCCCACACUAAUGCAUAUUUGUUAAGCAUAAUUGAGUGUUAAAUACGUGUUAAGAUUUAAGGAUUUUGGUGCUUCAUAACUUCUUUGGUUUCUCUGCUACCUCUGUAAUUAAUCUAGCUGUCAAAGAUUAUUUCAUUAA